CAAUUUCAACAUUAAUUACUUCUCAAGGUUGCUAAGAAUUCCAAACAGUUGGAACUAUACUCUGACAUUGUUGUCCUACUCUAUUUACAUAUAAUCCUUUUUCAGGCUUUAAAAACUAGCAAGAUAGCAUUAUAAAUCUAAAAGCUUCCCCUGGCACUUCCUAUAUAUUCAACUGUAGUAAUCCAUUGUACAAGAAUGGAGAUUACUUCGGUAUUCAUAGCCUUGGCAUGGCUUCUAGCAUUAGCUAUUAUUUCAAAAGUUAUCAACCAUCUAUGCCCCAAAACAAAGCUACCACCAGGACCAAAGCCAUGGCCAAUUAUUGGCAAUUUGAACCUUAUUGGUUCAAUCCCACGUGAGUCUUUGCACAAUCUCUCACAAAAAUAUGGAGAUCUAAUGCACCUAAAGUUCGGUUCCAGGCCUGUUCUGAUAGCAUCUUCCCCAGAAAUGGCGAAAGAGAUUUUGAAAACACAUGAUGCCAUCUUUGCUUCUCGCCCUGCAUUAGCUGCUGGUAAGUACCUUAGCUUUAACUACUCAGACAUGUCAUGGGCACCUUAUGGUGCAAAGUGGGGCCAAGGUCGAAAGAUCUACAUAACCGAGAUAUUUAAUCCCAAAAGGCUUGAUUCCUUCAAGUACAUUCGUGUUGAGGAAGGGAGAAAUUUGAUUUCUCAUCUUUUUGCUCUAUCAGGAAAGCCAAUUUUUCUCAAAGACCAUUUACCUCAAUUUACACUUUGCACUAUAAGUAGGAUGGUUAUGAGUGGCAAGUACUACUGUGAUAAGUCAGAAUCUAAUGAUACAAUAGUGACACUCGAAAAAUUGCAAUGGAUGCUAGAAGAAUGGUUUAUCCUUGGUGGGGUGGUUAAUAUCGGGGAUUGGAUACCUUGGCUUAAUUGGCUUGACUUGCAAGGGUACGUAAAGCGAAUGAAGGCUUUGGAGAAAACCAUGGUAGAAUUUCACAAUUAUGUGCUUGAAGAUCACAAGGCUAAAGCAAAGGAGAAUUCUCAUCCAACGGACAUGGUUGAUGUCUUGUUGCAACUAGUUGAUGACCCUAAUCUGGAAGUUAAGCUCACGACCAAUCAUCUAAUGGGGUUAAUCCUCGAUUUGUUGGCCGGUGGAACAGAUACUUCAGCAACAACUGUAGAAUGGGCAUUUCAAGAAUUAAUGAGGAACCCAAAGAUCAUUGAGAAGGCAAACCAAGAACUUGACAAAGCCAUUGGGAAAGAAAGAUGGGUAGAAGAAGAGGACCUUUCCCAACUACCUUAUAUAGAAGCCAUAAUCAAAGAGACAUUUAGACUGCACCCUUUAACUACAUUACUUGCUCCGCAUUACUCCAUUGAGGACUGCAAUGUUGCUGGUUAUGACAUACCAAAGGGAACAACAGUAUUUGUAAAUACAUGGUCUUUAGGAAGAAAUCCUAAGUGUUGGGAUAGGCCAGAAAAAUUCAUUCCAGAAAGGUUCUUAGAAAAUGACAUUGACAUAAAGGGACAAAACUUCACACUGCUCCCAUUUGGUUCAGGAAGGAGGAGGUGCCCCGGAUAUAGUCUCGGGAUUAAGCUUGUUCAGACAACGCUGGCUAACUUGUUGCAUGGAUUCAACUGGAAAUUAUCUGGAGAUAUGAAGCCAGAAGAUAUAAGCAUGGAGGAAAUUUAUGGAUUGACAACACACCCAAAGAAGCCGACAUCUAUGAUCAUGGAACCAAAACUUAGCCCCCAUCUUUAUUAGUACUUUCUUGAGUACUUAUCAAUCUUGAUCGGUGUAACUUGUACUAGCGUUCAACAUUCUACUCUACUUCAUGGAAUAAUUCAUAAAAUUGCUUCGUUUUU